AUGCCUCCAGCCCGGUUCACGCGAACACCCAGGCUCCUGAGGUUAGCUCUCGUCACCCUCGCAGUGAUUGCCCUUCUUUUCUACAUCGGCUCAUCCUCCGCCUCUUCCGCUUCUUCUCAUCUUGCACCACUCACAAGACCUAUCAUUGGAUCUGAUGGCUCCACAAUCUUCUCCUUUGCUUCAAAACAACCCCCAUCAGGUUCUUCCGCUCAAGGCCAGCAUUCCCCUAAGGUCUUCUCUAUAGAUGUUAAGACUUCUCCACCCAUGGACGCCCCAGAACAAGUGGUCUUUGCUCCAACAGUUUACUCUUACACUGGCCAGACUCCUGAUGCUGAAGAAGACGAAAAGAACUUUGGAAUCUUUGCUCCCAUGUACGCCCUAGUUUCUUACGCUCAGGGCUGGCCCCUCGUCACUAAAUGGUUUGGAGGUGCUGCAAACCCACAAACCGCCGGCGGUCCUUGGUUUCAUCCCAACCCUGUACCAGCUGGCGGUGACCCUUCCACCCCACGCAUCCCAGAUAAGGUCCCCAUCGUCGAAGCUGCUCCAGAAGUUAACCACCUUAAACGUAUUGGUGUUGGCUCUUCCAUCAAUGGCCGCAUAUACUACACCCCAGAAGACCCCCACACCGGCGCGAAUGGUCGCUUCUUUGAAGAAAAGCGCCAAAAACUUCGUCGCCAAAAGGGCUACCACGCUAUCUGGGGUGAUGGUGUUAUGCGCCGCCAGACUGAGGAAAAGCACAAAGAUUCGCUCGAAGAAGCUGAUUACAAUGGAUCAAAAAAAACAAAAUUUACUCCUGACGACAAGAUUUUCUCGGCUCUCGAUGAUACCAUUGAUUGGUCUCGUUUCGCUUAUGUUCAAUAUGUUACCGAUGCAAAUUACCUCUGUAAUGCUCUCAUGGCCUUUGAGCAGCUUCAUAAACUUAAUGUGCGUGCUGAUAAGCUUCUUAUUUACCCUAGCACCUGGGAUAAUGCCACCUUUUUUGAGGGUAACUUUUCCAAAGACGCUCUGGCCGAAGACAGCAUUUUGGCUGAAGCUUUGCCUUUUUCCAAAUACAUUGAAAGCAUGCUUAAAUCUGCCGUUGUCAAUUAUGGUGUUUCUCUCCAGCCUCUCUCUCUUGCCCCUGUUAUCUCCAAGCCCAGAAACUAUAUCCAAAGCUACGCAAAGUACUCCAUGUUUAACCAAACUAAGUACGACCGUUUGCUCUACAUUGAUCCCGAUGGAUCAAUCAAGCGCAGCCUCGACCACUUGUUUUUACUCCCCCGCACUACUAUUGCUGCUCCUCGAGCAUACUGGGCUACAGAAAAGAGUCGUCUCCCACAAUUCACUUCAAAAGAAGAAUCAGCUGCCGCACUUACCCAGUCUUAUGGUUAUUAUCUUCUCGACCCUCAGAUUGAGCUUUUGGAGCCUUCUAACAAUGUUCAUGCUUACAUUGAAAAAGUUCUUGACUCGGAGCUGGCUCAGACUGCCCUUAAAAAUGAAAAGGCCUACGAAAUUCUUCUUUUCAAUCUUAUCUUUAAAGACGAGGCUAUGAUGCUGUCGCCAAAGGGCCUUACUUUACCGACAAGUGAGCUGCGCAACAAGGAUCUGACUCACCACCAAUACCUCAACCUCCAAGAAACUUGGAACUUAAAUCGCAUUCUCAACGAAACAGCUUACAUCAAUUUUGCUGAUGAAACAUUCCCUAAACCAUGGGUUAAGCCUACAGGCAAAGAGAUUCGUCAAUCACUGCCCAAAUGCUCGCUACGCUCUAUUGUUUGUCUUGAACAAGAAACGUGGCUCAACCUGUACCGCGACUAUGAGCUUCGUCGUCUCACAGUGUGCAACAUGCCCCUGAUGAUGCUUAAUACAACCACAGGAAAAUAUGGACUUGUUCCACCAAUAUACAGUCGUGGUGAGGAGCAACGCCAAGCAGAGAUUAAGAGACGUGAGGAGGAGCAGAGAAAGAAGAAGGAAGAGGAGGAAAAGAAGAAGAAGGAAGAGGAGGAAAAGAAAAAGAAGGCUGAAGAGGAUAAGAAAAAGGCUGAAGAGGAUAAGAAAAAGGCUGAAGAGGACAAGAAGAAGGCCGAAGAAGAAGAAAAGAAAAAGGCUGAGGAGGAUAAGAAGAAGGCCGAAGAAGAUAAGAAGAAGGCUGAAGAAGAAGAAAAGAAAAAGAAGGCUGAAGAAGAAGAAAAGAAAAAGAAGGCUGAAGAAGAAGAAAAGAAAAAGAAGGCUGAAGAAGAAGAAAAGAAAAAGAAGGCUGAAGAAGAAGAAAAUAAGAAGAAGGUUGAAGAGGAAGAAAAGAAAAAGAAAGAAGAGGAAGAAAAGAAAAAGUCGGAAACUGGAAAUACAAAUUGA